UUGUUAACCCGGAAAGAGUCUUGUUAACCCGGACAGAAUCGUUCAGCAGCGCCCGGGGAGAAGAGAGGUAGGCAGCCAGCCUACCAACAAACCCAAGUCAAGCCAGAGAUCCUUUUCAGCGCGGCUUCAAUCCUUCAAACAACCUACAAAUAUGUCCCAAGAGAGGUUUCCAGCCGCGUCCAAAAGGAGCUCUGCAAAAAAUAAUCUCAGUUUAGAGCAAAUGAUCGAAGCCAGUCCAGGAAAGACUCCAAUCCAAAUGCUUCAUGAGUAUGGUACAAAGACUGGUAAACCCCCCAUCUAUUACAUGGAAAAAAUUGAAGGCCACGCUCAUCUACCCAGUUUCAUUUUCAAUGUAGAAAUUGGAGGUGUCACCAGUACAGGUCAAGGUCUGAGUAAAAGGGCUGCAAAACAUAAAGCUGCUGAAGCUGCUUUAAAUAUUCUAAAAGGACAGCCGGGUAUGAGCAUUCCCUUUCCAAAGACCGAGCUGUCUGAUUCUCCUAAACAGUCACAAAAUCAGUCCAACCCUAUUGGCACACUACAGGAGCUGGCGGUCCAAAAGGGUUGGAGACUCCCGGAGUACUCUGCGGCUUUGGAAUCUGGGCCUGCUCACAAGAGAGACUUUACAGUGACCUGCAGAAUAGAAACAUUUCUUGUAACAGGGUGUGGGAGCUCCAAAAAAAUAGCCAAAAGGUCUGCAGCUGAACAAAUGGUAGCAAAACUUCAAAAUCUGCCAGAUAGUUCAGAUACCCCUGGGACAUCCGGUUUCAGGUGGGAAUCUUUGAAAGAUUCUUCAGCAGAGAAGAUCACAAUGCUAAAGAGAAACCCGCUGAGUAUUCCCAACACAGAUUAUGUGCAGAUGUUAUCAGAUUUGUCUCAGGAGCAAGGGUUUGAGGUCACUUUCCUGGAUAUAGAUGAGCUGACUGUGAAUGGGCAGUACCAGUGUCUGGCUGAGAUCUCCGCUUCCCCGGUCACUGUGUGUCAUGGCACCGGGAUCUCUUGUGGUAAUGCUCACAAUGAUGCAGCCCACAGUGCACUGCAGUACGUGAAGAUCAUGGCAACAUCAAAAUAAGCUUUUAGACCAAUGAACAAUGUGAAGAGAACAUAAUCAUGUUGAAAAAAAACUUUUAUUUAACUUAAAUUAUCAUGAAGUAAUGUAAUCAGGGAUUAUUUAAAAUUACAAACAUGCUGUUUACAAUUUACAAACCUUCAAAGAAACUCCCAUUGAAUAAACAUUAGAAAGUAGAUAUGGCAUAUAAAUUACAUUUUUGAAACACAUUUGGUAAUUAAUUGAGGUGAAACAAUACUUUUUUGCCUUGAAUAAGACGCAGACCAAUAUAGAAUUUAACUAAU